CCCAGGUUGCUGUCUGUGUCUGGCUGGACACACACAAAACGGUGCACGCGCCGAUCCUUAGAAUAUUACCACUCACUCGGCCAGACAGGGAAGGAAGGCAUCAUCAAUCAGCUGAUAGAGAUACAUCACACCACACGACUCUCUGGCGACAAUUCAAUUCCCCACAGGCUAUCCUAUCCCGCACCCCCCCCUCUCCGCCUUCCACUCUCUUCUGACCUAACAAGCCUCGCGGCCUCAUCAUUUUCAUGCCUAUGUCGGCUCUCCCGGCCCUCUAUCAGCCCAGACACCCCCCUGCCCCCCUCUAGCUGUCCCACAUGACCGUCGUCGUCUGAUUCCUCAUCGCCCGAGUCGUCGGGGAGCUCGUCCUCGCUGUCGACGUCACUCUCGCCCUCGUCGUAUCUGGUGUCAUCUCUGUUGGGCAUGAGGUUGAAGGCGGGGUGGAUGGGCUGCCGGUCGGUGUACACGUAGCGGCCGGCUGAUGGGUCCCACGACAUGGCCUCAGAUCGAUACCUGUCGUGGAAACACGACACACACGGCAGGGCGGUGUAGUGUAGUGGCUUUGAUGGCGGUCUCCGCUGGUCUGUCUGUCUGAUCUGUUGCCAGACCAGACCUGGGUCUCUUAGCGACUCGUUUGGGCAUGCUGAAGACGGGUUUCUUGGUGGGCAUAUGGCGCUUGAACUCCAUCAGCAUGCCGUCCAUCUGCGUGAUGUGGUGGUACUUUGGCACCGGGGCCACCCGCCAGGCACACAGACACCGGUACUGCGAGGUGCCGCAGCCCGACCCGCACCUGGGGCCGCACACGCCCUCCUUCUGCCACUUGAGGCAGUACUGGUGCCGAUUCAGCCGCUUGCCCUCCAGCCGUGCCAUGCCGAUCGUCAGCAGCGCACGGCCGCCAUUGCGCCAGUCGUUGGGGAAGCGAGGGACGAGCGCACAGGGGACCUGAGCAGUACAGCCGACAAUAAGGGACAAGAGGCGAGGGCAUACCAUGCCAGUGCAACAGGAAUCAGCACGCGCCCGAGUUGAGUGGUCUUUCUCUCACCUUUGUGGUGGGGUAUACGGGGUCAUUCAGCGGCUUGCCAUGGAUGUGCUGACCUGAUAUAUCCAGACAUCCACACAGCACAGAGCAGACACACACGAAGGCGUCAGUCACCCGGUAGUUCCCUCCAUGGAUCUUUGUUGCAGAGAGCAGGCCUCAAAGCGUCGGUCGUGUGGCAUCCGUCCAGCAUUCAUUCUGCGUACGUACCUCUGUAGCCAAUGGGCCGUCUGCCAGGCGGGCCCUUGGGAGGCUUGAGCUUGAUGACUGUCUUGGUCACCUCCUGACGAAACGGACUCGAACUCAUCUCUCAUAAGCAGACUGCCGAGUAGGGAGAGGAUGGACAAGUAGGCCGAUUGAGGGAGGGCACUUCCAC